GUGAGGCAUCACCUCGUAGACUUAUGGUUGCACCACCGACACACCGUUGAGUCGCUAUGAACACCUUGGUUGUAGGGUGUAUCACAACUUCAGUCUUUCGUUGGGGGGGGUUUUUCACUUCCUUCAUUUCAGCUCAACAGUUCGGUGUCGUUUUCCCGAUGAUCCCGCAGCUCCACCUCCCGAUACACCUGUUUGUCAGGUACGAUAGUCCGCGGGUGGAACGGAGACACUGAGUCACGACGAGGGAGACUAUGGACGGAAUUUUCCUGAAGCUUUGACGCCUUUUUUUUUUUUUUUUUUCCCUUCCUCACGCGAGUGAACCCGUUUUUCGCAGAUUAAAAUGCGUCGAAAGCGCCCGGGAAGUGCGGCUCUGAGUGCGGCUUUGCUGCUGUGGUCGCUCGGUUGUUUGGCCCCUUCGCUCGUCUCCUCCAUCACAGUGAGUUCUCCAGCAGAAGUCCAUGCAUCUAAAGGGGAUACUGUCACAUUGUCAUGUACUUUCACUUCCACCAGUAGGCCAACCAGUAAGAUGACUGUCAGCUGGUCUUAUAGGCCCCAGAGCGGAGGGCCACCACAGUCAUUUUUCCACUUCUCCUCACGGGCGUUCCCCCCACCUCACGGUCAGUUCGCUGAUCGUAUCCAGUGGCAGGGAAGCCCAGCGCGUGGGGAAGCCUCCAUCUCUCUGAUCAAUGCCACGUUGAACGAUAAUGGGACCUAUACAUGCUCAGUCAGAAACCCUCCUGAUGUCCAUGGGUCCCCAACUUCACACACUGUCCUCACCGUCACACCAAAGGCCCCCAGCAUUCGCUUCUCUGAUGUUGUGGUCCUCCUCGCUUUCAUCCUCCUCCCCUCCGCUGUCAUCACUCUCAUUCUGAUUGGACGGAUGCUAUGUCCCAAGAAACAGCGCAACAAAUCGAAGGUCUACAGAUCACCCAUAGAGGUCACAGAAGGAGAGGAGUAUGGUAUUCACCCACCAGGGGCCGAAGUAAAGAGGGCAACAUGCUGUGACCUAUAUUUGAUGGACUUAGAGGAUGAGGAGGAAUAUUACAACCUAAAAAAGGGGCCUCCCAUAGAUGAAGGCUAUGCUCAGUCUCAGUGCUAGAGAACCCUAGUGGUUUUGAGAUGUAACUGCAACAUCUGGACCUACUGGUGCCUUUCAUAUGGGAGAUACUGAAUGGAAAUCAGUGCUGGAUUCAGGUCUUCUGUGCCACCGUCACCCACUCACCCAAUCACUUUGGUGAUGCACUUUCCUUUUUGUGGUGACUCCUUUGUAUUUUUCCCUUGAGAUAAUCUGAAUCAUUAAUCCCCAGCAUGAUAUUCACACUGUCAAAUACAGCAUGUCAAUAAUUUGAUUUACCUUUUGUGUACAAGCUCCUAAGUUUCUCAAGGCUUCCCAAGAACCAGUUCACGGCUUUUUGUACCAGUGUGCUGUGAAAAGACAGGUAUUAAUUCCUAAAUUUGAGAGCUUGUGGUUUUGAUGAGAUAUUAUUAGUUUAUUGUGCCUUUCCAGGUAAGCAGCUGGUAUCAUUCUGUCAGGUAUGUUAGGUACCAACUGACCCUGUGCAUUAAAAAACACAAACACACAGAUAAGCACUAUACUGUAUAUAUUUUUAUAUCUUGAUGAUUUGAAUAUUUCCCUUUCUUAUUGUGAAGGAGAUAGAUAUGAUUUGUCUAAUUUAUUGCUUGUGUCAGAGCAGCUGUAUGAAAUUUUUCAUUGUCUUUGUUGAGCUGUAGUGGAAUAUUUCUGUUAUAUCCUUGAUAUUUGGAGAGAAAGUAAAUGGUUUGAUUUGGAACUUUACUUGUGACCGUGUAAUACUUUUUUUUUUUUUUUUUACAUAACACUGUAUAUACAGUAUAUUUGAAAUGUUUUCCUCCUGUAUAUUACUGUACCACGUCAGCAGUAAAUGUGUGUGUGCCAUCUUACUACUCAGUAUACUUGGGAGAUGUCUGUAUGGUCUUUUGUGGAUGUGGAAUGAGACUUGGUUUUGGAUGCAUAGCUUGCUUGUGUUGAUGAAUGUUUUACUAACAUCUUUGCCUAAAUAAAUUGUUGAUGAGCAAAUUCUUAAAGCUAUGUGAGAGGAUGAACAUGACUUUUUAAAAAGAUGCUCGCAGUAGGUCAAUAUAAAGAAUUUGUUCAUUACAUUGAUGCAAUCUUUGUUAGUAAACAGAGACCAUUCGUUGUUAAAGCUGAUAACAUAUGGCCACAAUUUUCUCUACUGCUCUCUUUGUUUGGUCUGUUGCACUAUUCAUGAAUGGGUCUCUUCCACUAUUCAUGAAUGUUCUUCAAUAUUCCUUUAAAAACUCUAAGGACAGGCUGGAGUCUCAGAGCUUCGUCCGCAAACUGCGGCAGCAUCCGUCUCAUUUAUGCAGUCGUGGGACUUGAGUCAUAAAAAGACCUAAUAAGAAGCUGCCAAUGGAAGGCACAGAAAAUGAUAAAUCCUCAUUCUGUAUCAUUUCUUCUCUUUUUCUCAUUCAGCUCAAUCAUGCCCUUUAGGUUUUAAUAAUUCACAACACAGCUAUGGU